AUGUCUUUCGCAAAAUCCAAACGAACAACCUACUUCGACGACGUUACCAAAAAUAAAGAGAAUCUUCCUGGGCCCGAGCGAUACAACCCUCAAAAUGACCAGAGAGUCAAAGGCGGCUUCCAGUACCGCGACCAGAGCAUGAUGGACAUAAGCAGCAUCAGCGGAGCCUACCAAACUGACAAGUCUAUUCUUGGUCCUCCUCAAUCGACCCCGUCAAAAGAGCCCUUCAAAAUCGCAAAACGAGGGACCAGAAAGUCAACAGUUUCAAAAUCGCUCGAAAUGAGCAUGUCCCAAGAAAUGGCCAAAUACAAGGAGCUCGAGUCGGACCAUUUUCAACUGAAACAGCGCUAUCAGAAGAUCUCCGAUUUGAAAGACGAGCUCGAGGAAGACUACACGCGAGUAAAGGAAGAAGCGCAAAAAGUUCCGCGACUCCAGAAGCAGCUUGAAGCCUUACAGGACUCGCUAGAAAUCAGCAAGACAAAGGGCGAAGAAGUAAAAAUCCUGGAAGAUCAGCUGCGCCAGUUGAAAGAAAAAGAAGACGAGACUUUCAAACAGAUCACAGAAAAGGAGUCUCAAUUGGUCACGCUCAGAGGUCAAAUCGUCGCGCUAGAAGGAAGAAUUACAGAAUCAGAGACAACGCUGAAAAACAAAAGCGACGAGUUACAAAAGGCGAACCUGGCCAACUUCAACCUGGAGCACAGAAUCGCUGAGCUCGAGCCACUGAAAGAGAAUGUCGCCUUGCUGAAAGAGGACAACGCCGUGUAUGCAGCAGAGAUCAACGGGCUCAAGCAAACGCUCGAAGAAGCGCACAAGACGUUGAAAAUAAAAGAGUCCGAGAAUGCAUCGCUCAAGCAGAAUAUCGGCUCCCAAGUGAGCGAAACUGACUCGCUUGUGAAGAAACUCGAGCAGAUGCGUUUUGAGCGGGAUGAGUGCAAGGCGCUUGAGAAGGAUCUCAGAGAAGUCCAGGGAACUACCGAAGCAAAAGUGCGAGAAUUAAUCGCUUCUGUCGCUGAAAGAGAAGACCAAAUAAAAGUCCUCGAGCAAGAGAUCAGAACUCAUCAAACCGCGUUGACUAGUGCUUCUGAAAAAUCCGCAGCUUCUGAGGAAUCGAAGGCGGCGCAGAUCCAGGAGUUGAGCAACGAACUCGCAGGGUUGAAAGAAAACUUGAGCGAAAAGUCAGCCGAGCUUGAAGAGAAACUCUCCGAAAAUCAGAAAAUCAGCGAGGCUCUCGAAAAUUUGAAGGCAGCUCUUCUCCUGGAAGAAGAAAAGCUCAAAAAAGCCGAGGAAAGCCAUGAGAAGCAGCUGAAGGCGAAUUCUGAAGCUCGAGAUUUAGAAAUAGCUGAAUCAGAAGCGAAGAUUUCUGAACUUCAAAGCGCUGCCCAAGCGAAGGACUUGCAGAUUUCGCAAUUCGAAGAAUCGAUCAAGGCAACUGCGGCUGAAAAUGUCCACUUACUCGAGAAGAUCGAACAAUCAGACUCUGCAAUGAAAGCCUUCGAGGAGAAGCUCAACUCGGCUGAAUCUGCGCAAUCUGAUCUUUCUUCUGAAAUUGCUCGCUUGAAAGCUGAACUUGAAGAAGCCAAGGCGAAGAAUGUCUGUUCUUCUCAAGAGUUCACGGCGCUGAAGGAAGAAGUCUCGACUCUUAGGGCGGCAUCGAAGGAUCAUGAAGCGAAAUUCGUGAAAAUUGUCAACGAGAAACGAGAAAUCGCAAAAGAAGCUGAAAUUCUUCGAGAGCAUGGCGCCAAAUACAAGAUAAAGCGAGACAAUCUUCGAGCCAUAUACGACGAGCAGCUGCAGAAGACAGAGCAACUAGAGCUCUUCAAGAAGGAUCACGAAGGCACUCUGGCUGCGCUCCAGCAAAAGCUCAAGGCGGCCGAAACUGAGAAACAAAACUUCCGAGCUCAGUUGACCGCUGCCGAGCGGAAAUUGGCCGACGCUACAGAUCGUGGAUCAUCUGGUGCUGGAAAAACUUAUAUUGCAAAGCAAGUUCUGCUGAACAGGCAUCUGUUUCAGAAGAAAACAAAGCGGGUCCUGUAUUUUUAUCCCUGUUUCCUUGAAGAAAAACCCGUUCAGUGGGAUGAUCUUGGAAUUCCUGUUAGCUAUCGCGUCGGUAUCCCAUCACAGGAUGAUAUUGAUGAGAUGAUGCCCCAUACAACGAUUGUUCUUGAUGAUCUUUAUGAAGAAGCGAUUCAAAGUCAAGCUAUAGAUCAUCUUUUUCGAGUCACAAGCGGCAAGCGAAGCCUGAACGUUAUGAUUAUGACUCAAAAUAAUUAUGCUGCUGGAAAAUUUGGUCGUAACAUUCGUCUGAACUGUAACGCAACGUUUCUCUGCCGAAACUGUCUAGACGGAACAAUCAAUAAGAGAGUUUGCAAUACAGCUGGGCUGCAAAAAGCGUUCAAGAGAGCGUCCGAAGAUAUCAAGAACAAAUCAUAUCCUUACAUGUUUCUUGAUCAAUCGCCUCGAGGUCAUGCCUCAAGCUACCGGCUGUACACGGAUAUAUUCUCAAAAUAUCCUGUUGUCUACUCAGUCACCGGUAUGAAGGCUUGCAUCGUACCCUUCAACGAUUUCAAGCAAAACUUCAACAUUAUCGAAAGAGAAAAUACUUUCGAAGCAACAGCGAAGAAAGAUGACGAAAAAUACUCAUCGUGCAAAACAAUCGAAACAUCAAGGGUUAAAGCAAAAACAAGAUGUGACAGCUUUACAGAUGACUCGUCAGAGUCGGAGGUUGAGAGGAAAAGAACCAGAAAACGACGAAAGAGAUCUGUCCCCGAGAAGAAAUCAAAGAAAAAGACAAAGAAAUCCAAGCGAAGACGACCAUCAACUUCCUCCGAAAGUGAAACAUCCUCAGCAAGCUCAAGCUCAGAUUUUCUCGAAUGGCCUAAUUCUCUUAUCACAGACGAAGGCUUGGAAUUCUACAAUGUCAAUGUAAAAAAAAUUCUUGAUCGCUAUGGAAUGCAUCACUAUAGUAUCAAAACAAAAUUGAAAGCGAGUAUGGCAGAACGAGUCAAUCAAACCAUCAAAAAACGAGUGGAGCUGUUUAUGAAAUCAAACAAAACUAAAAAUUGGAUCGAUGUUCUUCCAGAAAUAGUCAAAGGCUACAAUUCCACUCCUCAUCGAGCCAUUGGAAUGGCACCAAGCCAAGUCUCACAUGAAAAUAGAGCACAGGUCUUCGCUCAUCUCUUCCCGGAUUUCGAUUUGAAAGUCAAACCAAGACUCAAAAUUGGGAACGUUGUCCGAGUAAAAAUAGAGAAGGGUAUCUUCGAAAAAGGAUAUACACAAAACUGGACAGACAAAAUUUACGUCAUAAUCGAUAUCAGACAACGAGCCGGAGUAGUUUGGUAUAAAAUUGCAGACGAAGAAGGAAAUAGACAACCUGGAAUAAAGUACUACUUUGAGCUUAACUUCGUUGCAGAUGAUCUUGAAUCUUUUCGAGACAAUGACCAAGGAGCUGAAAGUUCCUGA